AUGAAUUUCAAAGACGAAAUCGAUCCAACAAUCAACAGUCCCGUUUCAACCUUGAAGUGCAAAACUCCAUUCACAGCAGUUGCUUGGGCUCCUGGUUCAUAUGACGAAGACGACUACUGGAUUCAAACCGUAAGUUGCUUGGGCUCAUAUGACGAAGACGACUACUGGAUUCAAACGGUGGAUGAAUUCCAAAGAAGCCAUCUUCCAGGAUCGUCCGAUCUUCUGCAUUCGAAAUACAUAGCAACAGUUGUUCUACAACGUGAGAAGCCAUAA